AUGAGCGCACAGUCCAUCAACCAUCAACGAGGGAAUCAACUUUUCAAAGACGGUCAAUAUGAGGAAGCGAUUGCAGUCUUUUUACAAUGUCACAAAGAGGAGAAAGUGAAGAAGGGAGCGUUCUAUUCGAACAUUUCGUUAUGUUAUAUGAAGCUUGGGCAACCGCAAGAAGCAUUAAAAUAUGCGCGGAUGUGUGUAUCAGAGACUCCUGAUUUUGAUAAAGGGUAUUUCCGGUUGUAUUACGCAGCCCUCGAGACCAAUCAACUUGGGACUGCAUUAAUAGCCGCGCAGUAUGCACCUGACCAAUUAGACAUCAACAAAUUGUGGGAGGAUUAUUUCAUGUCGACUAUUUUUGAAGUGAAGGAGAUCAGUGAGACGCUUGGGAAAGGAGUUUUUUCAAAGAAGGAACAUCAAGUGAAUGAGAUUAUAUAUACGGAGACGCCAGUAAUAGCAUCUGCGAAGUAUAAGAACUAUAAGAACUGUUGUUUAUAUUGCUUGAAGGCUUUAUUUCCGAAUGAAAGUAAUACAUAUACUUCAGUGUUUAAUACUAACGUGGUGAAAGGAGUGAAGUGUAAGUGUGGAUAUGUCUACUGUUCUAAGAAAUGUCAAGACUUGGACGUCGGACAUCAACUUGUGUGUGGGAAGUUGAACAAAGUUGUCUCAUUUUGCACAGAAAGGUGUGUGUCGCACCCACUGACGAUCACUAAAAUGUUUGCGAAAGUCCUCAGCGCGACGUAUAGAGAACCGACGAUAUAUCCCUUUGUUGUGUUCCACGCACAACCCCUUGUGAAGUUUGAUAUGACGGUAGAAAAGAUCUUUGUCGAGAUCUUUGGAAACAAAUUGGAGACUUUUCAAGACUUUGGAGGGUGGAAGUAUGUCUAUAGAAUCAUGUCUUCAGUAUUGAAGUAUAAUGCGUCGACGAUACUUCCAUUAAAUGCAAUUCAAAUGUUGGCAACAGACCCUCAAAAGAAAGUGUUGAGUAAAGAAGAAGCACUGAACUGGGAAGUCUCCAAGUUCAGUGUAGAAGGGGAAGGUCUUUAUAAAUAUUUAAAUACUCUCAAUCACUCGUGCGACCCAAAUUGCGUCUUGGCAUGCACUACAGACGACUUCAAACUGUCGUUGAUCGCAUUGAAAGAUAUCAAAGCUGGAGAGGAACUUACUAUAAGUUAUAUCGACAACUCAAUGAAUAAAGAAACAAGGCUGAAAACACUUAUGGAUCAGUACAACUUCGAUUGCAAGUGUAAGAAGUGUUGUGGCAAUUGA